AUGGUCGGGGUGGUGUCAGAUGACCAGGACUUCCUGGACUCCAAGGACACCAUGAAGAUGCCUGUGGUCUUAGUGACCCCCUUGGAGAACAGUGACCUGGCCCUCAAGUUUGGAUAUCCCAUGUCCGAUGGCAGGUGCCAGAAAAUGGACAUGACUUUCACCAAGGGUGCUGUAGGGGGCAGUUUCGCUUCUCCAGCCGUGGCCCUGACUGACAUCCGAGUGGCCUUCUCCGACUACCAGCACUUUGCCUUGCUGUACUUGGAGACGCAGAAAGGGGGCCUGCAGAACCAGUGACUGCAGCUCUACAGUGGGCGGGCUGCGGGGCGGAGGCCCAGACACCCCCCAGCUUCAGGUCUGGAAGUCCCCCUGUGCCUGCACCAGUGCCUUCUGCACUGGGAAGGCAGAACCGCUGGCUCCUGGUGUCUGUGGCCGCGGUCCCGGCCCCUCCGCACCCCUUUCACCCCUCCCUGCCCCUCUCACCCUCUCUUCGCCCCUCCAACCCCUUCCCUUUAGCUCACCCACCCUCCCCACCUUCAGCUCGAGCCCCGGAGCUGUUUCCCGAAGGCGCCCAGAAGAUGCAGCUACUGGCGCCCCAAGUGGGCUUGAGCCCCAGCCAGGACGUCCUGCUGCCCAGUUGGGUGAGCGGUGCCCGCAGGCCUGCUGGGAGGGCCAGGCCCCAGGUCACACCCCUUCUGGGAGAGCCAGGCCCUAGUCACUCCACUGAUCUCAGAUUCGGGACAGAAGUGCCGGGGGCAGACCCAGCCUGUCCGGCUCGGAGGAAGCUGAGACGUUGCCCAGGGCAGUGUUCCCAGGAGGAGAUCGCGUUGGGGCAGGUCGGGGGCCUCGGUCCCAAGGAAGGGGGCACCAGAGGGGCGCCUCGGGCCUACUCUCUCUGCAGACCAGUGUGCGGGCCCGCUCUCCUGGGUGGGUAGACCACGGCCACGUGGAGCCGCGGACCAUGGGCCCUCCUAGGGCCGUGGGCUGCACCGUGGGGCCCUCUACCUUCGGGACAGCUGGGGGCUAGAGCGGGGGUGAUGGGGCAUCCGGGCGGAUCCAAGCUGCAGCAGCCUGAGGAACCGCGGG